AACGCAGAACUUUCGACCAAGAAAUACCUACUGACGAACCAGGAACAGACGGAAGAAGGCCGACGGAUCCACAUACUCAAGCAACUCGGAGAUUUCCCUCUCAAGGCGGCAGGAGAAGAACCAGCUCCCACGUAUUCCUCACAUAGAGUAACAUCAGCAUGCCCAAACAAGGCCUGGGCGCAAGAAGCCAGCAAUUUCCAGGAUUGCAAUCGACUUCGAUUAGCAAGGACACUCCUGUCAAGAGGCCCAGAGAUGAAUUUAUCGAUACGAGGUUCAGGUUUACAUCGGCGGCCUCGCAAUCCAAGAAAUUGAAACCCAACUUGUCAAACCUCGUGUCCUCUCAUAAUGGGCUUACCUUGGAAUCGGAAGAAAAGCAAGAACACGAAUGCCACUUCACAUCUGCCUUACAGACAGCUUCACUCGACAACCUAUCCAACCCAUUCAAACGACUUCACAGGACCAUCGAACCCAUCACUCGGAGCUUGCCAUUAUUAAUCUACCAUCAAGAACAAGUUGUACAUGCCUGCUGUCAAGCUCUAAUCGUAUCCGAUUCACCCUCUUCCGCUGAUCAACCUGACCGGUCUCCACAAGCCACAAGAUUGUCGGGUAAAAACAAGAGGAACCAAUCUUCCGACUUAGAAAAAGAAAGAAAACGUCACCUGAUUCAGGCAAAAGAAGCAGUCAAUCUUGUUGCAACCAGCGUCCUAGAUCUAUUCGUGCCCUUGAUCUUGGAUCUUUCAACCUCAUUACUCACACCCUCCAACUCACCCACGAACCUUGGUCGAUGUCCAUUCGAAGAACUAUUGAUAACACUACUCUAUUUCAUCAACUUGACUGACGUUGAGCCGACCGCAUUAUCGAAAGCCCCCGAAGUAAUCGUCCACCUUUUCAAAACUUUGGCCAAGGACCUCACUCCAUCCUUGUCAUCUAACGAUCAUGAAUCUGAUGAAAAUUCCCAUAGACUCAAAAGUAUUUGGAACCUCGUUCGCAAUGCGCUUGGGGCGCCCUUGCCUGAUUAUCAAGAACUCACCAAAGUGGACGAGGAGACUCCCGAGGAUGAAGGAUCCGACUCAGAAAUAGAAGAUGAUGUGAAUGAAGUUGAACAUGAUCUACUUGAAGACCCUACCAACCCUCUCGAAGAACCCACGAAACCGAUAGACGAGGAAAUCGAAGACGCAGAUAUUGACUCACCCGAGUUUAACCAAGUUGACCCAAACGAUGCGACUAAACCACUGGAUGAACUGACACCUGAUGGCCCUAAAGAGUUCGAGACGACGCAGCUACUCCAUCAAGUACUCAAGUCAACUACACCUUCUAGUCGCAGGCUGGUGGCGACCUCUUUCUCAUACCUACUCCGUAAAAAAGGCAUCUCAGAGCCUCUCAUUCGGUUGAUGCUGAAUGAUUUAAAUACUGUUGAAGGUGAUGAGAUCGCGAAGCACGGUACCUUACAAGCAAGGAAGCAGAAGGUUCAGGUCGCUCGAAAGGGGACCAGUGUACGAUCUUUGCUCGGCGAAGAGCACGGUGGUGCUCGGGUAUUUGCCGAGGGAAUUUGUUGGGCUCUAGGGGAGACAUGUAAAUCUAUAGAUCAUCGCUUGCAUUCUCGCGCAUCGGCCAUCCUAAUCGCCGCCGAUUCGCAAGUGGUUGAAACGAGUCUUCGGGCACAACAAAAAUCUCUUCAGCAGCCCAUCUUGAUCUCAAGCGUUCUAAGCUCUUUAUUGAUUUCAAUAAUUCAUCACACAACUGCCCAAUACUUAGAACCUGUUCUAGAAGCACUCACCACCAGAACGACAGAACGGCUAGAUGCAAUCAAACCUCCGCCUGCUUCCAGUUCAACCGAGACCAGUUCAGUGGCACUCGAAACAUCCCUCCAUUGCUUGGCUACAGUGGCCGGUGUUAGAAAUGGUUCCAGGUUAUCACCCACAAAAAAGCCAACCCUCUUCAAGAUACUAGGCUCAAUGCUUGGUUUACUUUCUGAUGAAAAGUUUAACCACACAAAAUCACUGAGUUCGACUACUGCGCUGUUGUCUUUGAACUUGUUGAGUUCCAUCAAAGAUCACUCCGAAUUUUUGGGUACACCGGAGAACCGUAAGGUGCUCGACAAGAUUUUCCAACUUGAACAUCGUCCCCUCUCCAUCGAACAUGUGUUCAAGCUGGCAUCAUCCCUCCACCGAAUGAACUGGUCAUUGUUCGACGACUUUCUCCUACCCAAACUACUUGCCAUCAUCCCUGACCAACUUUCACAUUCAAAUCUGAAUGCAUCAUCAGAGUCGACCGCAAGUCUUUUGUCUGAUCUGCUAUCAACCAGAAAUUCUAAAUUGUUCGGCAAACUGUUUGAUUUGAUAUCCAGUAAGAUGGCAGAGGCGACAAAAGUCAUCCUGGAUCAUCUUUCAAGUUUCCAUCUAUCAUCACCCAACACACCCUUCGAACAGCCUGCCUCACUUAGCAUGUCACUGAAAGAAUGCUAUGAUUGGGUUUCUAUUUCCUCGCUCUUGCCAAUUGAAAAUACGCAAGUCAAAGAUAAUCAGAUUGAGGAAUGGUGUCAGCAAGUUCUCAUCAUCCCAUCGCCAUCUGAUCAAGACGUGCCCGAGAACCUGCGAAGAAAAUACAUUUCCGAUUAUGAAUCCGGCGCUCCUAUUAACCGGACCAUGCUAUUAUCCAUAAUGAUGAACGUGGCACGUCGCCUAUUUUCUGAUCAGCAUUCUUGCUUACGUGCUAUGCUACUGGAUGGCCUGCCGUUUAUCGCACAUGUUUGGGGGUGGCAUCGAGAGAUGUUGAAGAUUGUCCGAGACAUUUGUGAGGAUGUUCAAAAAAGCUCUUCCAUUUCUUUGUCUUUUGAGUCGAUGUACCAACCACUCAAAGCUGCUUUGUUAUCCGAAAGCCAUGUUAUCCGUCACCUUACGCUCGAGAUCUUGUUGACCACUGCUCCACCCGCAUCACCCUUGGAAUCCUUAUUGAAACAGUGCUUGAAGAUUGAAGACACUCCGCUGCUGGUCGAAAAUGCUCGAAUACGCCAGAUGCAUAUUCGUAAACUGUCGACUAUGGUUCAGACGAAUGGUGAAUCAGUCUCGUCAACUGAUAUUGUCGACCUAACCCAACGCGUUUUGAUCGCACAACUCAAAGUACAUUUCCAGCCAUUAUGGGAAGAAUCGAUUCAGUCACUUACAAAUCUGAACUCAAAGUAUCACGUUAACUUCUGGACGCUGGUUUGGGGCCAACUCGAUCUGUGUCUUCGGGAUUCCUCAGAGCUUUACUUUACUCCUCGAGUGCAACUCAUCAAUCAAACAAGCGAGGACCACACUCAUUCAUCAGUUUCGAGAUUUACGGAUCAACCUGAAUUCAGGUGCACACACUUGGACAAGUUGGUCGAUCAUUUUUCUUCUGACUUUCGAAAUCUUACUUUAAUAGCUGCAUUCGAGUAUCAAUCUUUGGAUUCUCGUCUUGACAUCCAAAGCUACGAGGCCCAUUUAGUAGAUCUGUUAUCCCGCAACCGGAUCGUCGCUGAAAAACACAACAGACUGAUCAUCGAGGCAUUUUUCAGUUAUUGUCAAGCUAAAGAUGAGGAUCUGGAACAAGGGCACUUGUUGGGUAGAUCGGCCCGAAGUCGGUUACGCAAUUGGCUUCGGAUGUUCUCUAAGUUUACCAACCCGAAGGCUUUCCACCGCGCCCAAGAUUUGCGGGUCGCAUUUUAUGAUUUACUUGCUGAUCCAGACUCAGACCUACGCAGCUUGUCCUUGGAAUGCGUAUUGACCUGGCAGGAUAGUAGCCUUGUGAGACACCAGGACGACUUUCGGAAUCUCUUGGACACUUCUCAAUUCCGGGACACCCUAUUGAAAAUGGCUCACGCAAUCGAAGAUCACGUUCUCCCUGAUCACGAACGGGAGCAGGUUAUUCCGGUUUUCAUUCGCAUCCUUUUCGGUGCCCUGGUCGUAUCUCCCGGUCGUUCUUCUUCCUCUCAUAGUAAAAGUCUGAAGAAAUCUGCGAUCCUCUCCGCCUUCAAAGGAUGCUCCAUCCAAGAGAUAGACUUACUCGUUGAAUUGAUGCUCCGGCCACUCACAUCUUCUGGCAGCAACAAAAAUAGUUCAGCUUCAGUGGUCAAAAGGCAGUUGGGAUUCUUAUCUCUGCUUGGUGAUGUCAUGAAAACAUUGGGCCGUCAGCUUGUGCAUCGAUGGGAGGAUUUUCUGAAUCAGGUCAUGCGAGUUGUUCUCGACAGUCAAUCUCAUAUACAUUCUCUGGGUAACGAUGUAAACUCGCAACACGUCUUCCUUGAGAGUCAACUGAAAAAAGUCCGAGUUCAAACUUUACAUCGUCUCAAUGAUUUUUUUCAACUUUCACCUCCAAGUUUUUCGUUUGCCAAGUGGAUCAAUUCAAUAUUCGAAGUGCUUAUCAAUCCGAGACUAGCUAGUUUCGCCGCGGAAACCGCUCAAGCUCCCUCUGCUCUUCUAGAAAUCUUUCAUACUUGGUCUGGUCGGAAAGAUUUGAUGCCGAUGUUGAUUCAAUACAACUCGCAAGUUCUCACAUCGGUUUACCAAACAUUGGCAAUUGUAAACGUGAAGGCCCCAGUGGUGAAAACAGUGAUUGCAAUCCUUGAAAACAUACUACGUAAUCUCGAAUUGUAUCCAGCUGAGCUUACAGCAGAGCAAUACCUUAAACCUUACUUCGAUGUUUUGCUUCCUAAUCUUGCCGAAUUACUAAGAAAGGCAUCUUACUCAAGCUCCUUAACAGCCUCCAUCUCGCGACAGCAAAUUGCCCUCCUAUCUACACUUGCACCAUAUAUCACCGAGACGAACCAUUCAGAAAGAUUUUGCGAACUCAUCUUGCCCCUUCUACUCAAAAAUCAAGUCGUUGUCCCAGAGCAUAUUCAAGCCGAUUUGCUUCUUCUUUUAUCAGGCUUUCUAUCGACAGCUCCCAGGGUAGCAUCUUCAGCUUCAUGCUUCAACACUCUAUCGAAGUUGCUGGGAACUGUUAUGAGCCGAAAAGGAAGGCUUUCACUGGUUGGGGCGGUCGAUUCGAUCUGUCACCACUCGAAUCACUCGAUCAGCCCUAGAAUCAUCAAGCUUUUGCAAGACCUCAAUAGCUUUUCGACAAAACGAAUCGACGAGCCGGACUUUGAAAGAAGAUUAAACGCAUUUUCUCGACUGAAUAAUUCCGAGGAUGAAUCGAGCUCAGCACUGACUCCGAAAGAGUGGGAAUUACUCAUCCAACACUCACUGUUUCAGAUCCGAGACCCUGAUGAACUGAGCUUGCGAGGAAGUGCAGCUUCAGCUCUAUGUCGCUUCUUGGACCUUGCCGAAUCCAAUCAAGAUGCUGGAGUACAAAUGACUCUGAAGGCAAUCAUGAUCCCCGGCCUGAAGAAAGUGUUGCGGUCCAAGCUUGAAAUCAUUCGACAAGAAGCCCUGACUGUCUUCGCCGUUGCAGUCGCAAAGCAAUUUCCUACCAUUUCUGAGCUUGAGGAGAUGCGGUGCUUGUUGGUCGAUGGGGAUAAAGAAGCCAACUUUUUCCUUAACAUCUAUCACAUCCAAGUUCACCGAAGGAUUCGAGCGCUCAGACGGUUAGGAGAUGAAGUAGAAGCCGGUCGCCUGAGCAGCAAGGGCUUAUUGGAUAUCUUCCUUCCCCUGCUUGCCCAUAUCUUCUUGCCAACAGAUUCCUCGAGAACUGAUCCUGAUCUGGUUAAUGAAGCUAUUCGUGCAAUUGGACGAAUUACCAAAGUUUUGAAUUGGUCGGCCUAUAACGCAGUAUUACAGUUUUAUGUUAAACUUAUUCAUAAGCCUACAGCGGUAAAUAAGAUCACGGUCCGAGUAGUCGUUUCGAUCAUGAAAAGUUUUCACUUCAAUCUCCACGAGCAAUCAGAUCCGGCUGGCACGAGAAACCUGACGUCUACUCCAGAGCACGCGCUCGGCUUUGUUUCGGGCAAGUUGAUACCUUCGUUGAUCAAAUUUAUGGAACAGCAGAAAGAAGACGGACCGGAUGAGAGUCUGAGGAUCAUGAUCGGAGAAGGCGUGGCGUUUGUGGCUACAUUCCUUCCGGAAAGUGCCAGUCAAAAUGCCAUCUCAGGCAUCAUUUCUUCUUUAUCUAAUAUUCUCAAAUCUACUCAUCAAGAAACGCGUCAAUCAGCCAGAGCUACCGUCGGAAACAUUGUCAUCCUAUUACCAGCAUCUUUUCUUGCGCAGGUUUUGAAAGAUUUGAAGGCAGUCCUCCUUCGUGGGCCCCAGUUACACGUUUUAGCCCACACGACAUAUUCGAUUCUAUCUAGGGCCAGCGAAUCGUCAAAUGAUUUCGAAAUCGACUCACACGCUUCCAAGUUGCUCAUGUCUAUAAUCAUUGAUGAUCUCUUCGGACAACCCUGGCGAGACCGACAGUCCAAAGAACUCAAGGCGAAGACGAAGUUUAACGAGACUAAGACCUCUCGGUCGUUAGAAAGUCUUCAAAUGAUUGUCAGCAAACUGGCCAAUUCUGAGAUCUUGACUGAUAUCUUGAUUUCUUUUCAACAAGUAUUGGAGAAUACCGGACCAACAAAAAUCCUGAAACAGGUCGAUGAAUGUUUCCAUCGGAUCUGUGCUGGCAUUGUGGCGAAUAAAGAGAAAUUCGAUGCACCAAAGGUCUUGGAUUUGUCAAAAAAUCUAAUUUCUGAGAAUGCUGAAUACUUGAAAAACAAAUCUCAGAAGAAGAAGUCAUACGUCAUCAACCCUACCGAUCAUCGAGUUGUCCUUUCGACUAAGUCAAAGGUUCAUGACGGUCAUUACGCUGCAAAUGCUCAUCACUUUGUCAGUCUGGGCCUCGAUCUCUUCAACACGGUCUAUCGAAGAGCUGUUUUCGACCUGCACAGUCCUGAAUACCUUCCGAUGAUCGACCAACUGGUUAGCGUUGUUGGCAACACUCUCUACACCCACAACACCGAAGUCUUGGCUCGAGGACUCAAAGUAAUGAGCAUUCUAAUCAAGCUCCCCCUGCCUGAGGUCGAGAGAUCUGCAACUAUCAUCGUCCGCCAGAUGCUCUCGGUCGUUAAUCAUAUCGGAACAUCUCAGUCCGAAAUUUCUCAGGUGGCACUUAAAUCCUUGGGUACAGUCAUCCGAGAUUGCAAGAAAGUGGAGUUGACGGAAAAACAGUUAACAGAUCUGUUGAAGAUGAUCGUGCCCGACCUCGAGGAUUCGGAUCGCCAAACUACAUUGUUUGCACUCUUGAGAGGAAUUAUGAGCAAAAAAUUUAUGGCACCUGAGCUUUAUGAUUUAAUGGAUCAAAUUCUUAGGUUGCUGGUCACCGCUCAAUCCAAUCAGGUUCGAGAGAUUUGUCGAUCGAUCUUCCUACAAUUUUUGUUAGAUUAUCCUCAGGGCAAAGGUAGACUAUCUGGCUCUCUCCAAUUUCUCGUCAAAAAUCUUGCCUAUCAGCAUGAGAGUGGGCGACAAUCAGUUCUCGAAAUCCUCAACGCUAUUAACAUGAAGUUCAGUAGUGCACUAGUCUCCCAGAAUUCGGAUCUGUUCUUCGUGGCUUUGGUAAUGAGAGUAGCCAAUGAAGGUUCGGUCAAGUGUAAAGAGAUGGCAAUCGAGGUUCUGAAAGUCAUCUGUCGACGAAUCGAACUUGGGAAGGCCGGCAAGUACUUGGACAUGUUGCUAACUUGGAGUCAAAAUCAAAACGGUCCUGUAGAGCUACGAAGGACGGCUCUACAACUUCUCGGAGUCGUAAUCGAAGCUCGAGGGGCUGAAGACAAAAUGAAACUUGAAAGUGUGCAUUCCAUGAUUUGUGUGACCCUCGAGAAAAUUGCGGCAGAUUUUAUGGAAGAAGAAAGCGAUGUGACGUCUGAAUCGACUGGAUUAGAUUGGCAAACGAUUUAUUACUCUCUCCAAGCACUUUCUAAGCUCUUCACCAUCGAUGCCGGUCUGAUUUGUCAUCCUACGCCUCAGAACAAGUUCCCAGAAUGGAGUGCGAUCCAAAAAUUCAUGUUGUUUCCUCAUGCUUGGGUGCGCUCGUCCGCGGCUAGGUUGAUCGGCACCUUACUCUCUGCCAGUGUAGAUGAGAAACUGUGGCUAUUUCAAACCGAUAACUUGCUUGCUAUCGCUCAGAAAUCUAGUCUUCAACUUCGUAGUCAACAUUUGGAUGAUGCCUUGGCCUUGCAGAUCGUCAAAAACCUGUUCUUCCUCCUUAAGACUUUGCAUGAACGUCUCAAGUCGAAUGCUCCCGGCUCAAACAUAAUAGACCCUACCUCGGACAAUCCUCCUGCGGUCAAUGGAGCACAACCCUCACUCGACAAUGAAGACGAUCAGUCCGAUUCUGAAGAAGACGACCAUCAGCACGAAAAUCAAGAGCCCAAAGGCACCGGGACUGAAUUCAUUCGUCUGAUCAAAAGGUUGAGUCGACAAGCAAGCAUCGCCCAUGCCAAGCGUCCUAGUGUGUAUUCAAGUGAUGCAGGUCGAUGGUCUAUUGAGGCAGCGUCCGUGUUGCGAUGUUUCGCGGCUUUGAUCAAUCAUCUUUCGGUGGAUGAUUUGUCCGGAAUCCUUCGCCCCUUGAUGAUCCCCAUCUUCCGGAUAAUCGAAGAUUCUAACAUAGCCGAUCCUCAAAUGGAGGAACUCCAAAAUCUUGCCAAGGAAGUUCAAGAGUUCUUGAGAGAUAAAGUAGGCACCACUAAGUUCUCGCUAGUGUAUGGUCAGCUUCGGACGAUUGCGAUCGAGAAACGACAAGCUAGAAAGAAGUUAAUCGCUUUGAAGGCGGUUAAUCAACCUGAAUCAAGCGCAAAGAGAAAAAUCUCUCGAUCGGAAUCUAAGCUACGGAAUAAAAAACGCAAACAAGAAUCGUUUUCUAGACAGAAUUCUAUGUAUGGGAAAUCUAAAGCCAUCUAAUCUACAAGAAAUGUGCAUAUCCAUAUGCAUACGGCUAUGUAUAAAUCCAGUUUGACACGUUGGGUCUAAAUUGUCCUCUGAUUCUUUGUUUCUACCCUUCCCUUUCAGUUUGUCAUAAUGUUUUCCAUGUUUUCUUGAUUCUUUUAUGAUCUUCUCUACCUGAUAUAUCACUUUCCUCUACCUUAUUUUUGUUGAUCAUUUUUCUAUCAUCUUCUUUGUUAAGGGCUGAUUUUUCUUUUUCUUUUUUUUUCUAUUUCCUUGUUGCAUUUUGAAUUUCUCCUGUUGCCUUUUUCCUUUCUUUUUUUACAUGUUGAGAUCUCCAGACCUAUUAAUGAAUAAUGACUUGCCAAAAACUGGUCAGAACUCAGAUUUUGAUGUUAUGAUAGAGCAUAAUUACAAAGCAUAGUGGUAUGUUGACAGCG